AUAUAGUUGGAGGACCAGGAAAUGCCAGGCAGAUCUGGGUGAACGUGCUCAGGAAGUCGCCACACAGGUGACAAGCAUGGAUCAGGCAAAGGUGCCGGAGACAUGCCUGCUCACUGUACGCAUCCUCCAGGCCAAUGGCUUGCCUUCCAAGGACCUAGUCACAUCCUCUGACUGCUAUGUGACUCUGAACCUGCCCACGGCCUCCAGCCACACGCUCAAGACACGCACAGUCAAGAACAGCAGAAACCCUGUUUGGAAUCAGAACUUCCACUUCCGGAUCCAUAGGCAGCUCAAGAAUGUUAUAGAACUGAAAGUCUUUGAUCAGGACCUGAUGACCAAAGAUGACCCAGUAUUGUCAGUGCUGUUGGACGUGGGGACUCUGCAGGUUGGGACUCAGCUCCAGAACUUCUCAUUGAGCGCUCAGGAGGAUGGGCGCUUGGAAGUUGAGUUUCGGCUACAGCCUCUGACAGACCCUGAGGAACAGCUCAUCAGCAAUGGUAUCCUGGUGGCCCGGGAGCUCUCCUGCUUGCAUGUUGAUUUGAAGAGGACAGGAGACCCAAAGAGGUCAGAGCGCCAAGUUCAACUUGUGGUUGCUGGGGCCUGUGAGGGGCCACAGGAUGCCUCUGCGGGCACUGGGUCUUUCCACUUCCAUUAUCCAGCCUGCUGGGAGCAAGAUCUGAAUGUUCAUCUGCAGGAUGACCCCCAUGAGCAGCUGAAGGUGCCACUACAAACUCUACCCUCGUCGCAGCUGGUGAGACUCAUCUUCCCCACAUCCCAGGAGCCACUGAUGAGGUUGGAACUCAAGAAAGAAGAAGGACCAAAGGAACUGACUGUACGGCUGGGCUGUGGGCCCUGCCCGGAGGAGCAGGCCUUCCUAAGCAAGAGGAAGCAGGUGGUGGCUGCCGCCCUGAAAAAGGCCUUACAGCUGGACCAGGACCUGCAGGAGGACGAGAUCCCAGUGAUCGCUGUGAUGGCCACAGGCGGUGGGAUCCGGGCGAUGACCUCUUUAUAUGGGCAGCUGGCUGGCCUGAAGGAGCUUGGCCUUCUGGACUGCAUCUCCUAUGUCACUGGGGCUUCGGGAUCCACCUGGGCAUUGGCCAACCUCUAUGAGGACCCAGAAUGGUCUCAGAAGGACCUAGCAGGGCCUACUGAGUUGCUGAAGACCCAGGUAACAAAGAGCAAGCUGGGUGCGUUGGCCCCCAGCCAGCUUUGGCGGUAUCACAAAGAGUUGGCUGAGCGUGCUCGCCUGGGCCACCCGACCUGCUUCACCAACUUGUGGGCCCUCAUUAAUGAGGCCUUGCUGCAUGACAAGCCCCAUGAACACAAACUCUCAGAUCAACGAGAGGCCCUGAGUCGAGGCCAGAACCCUCUGCCUAUCUACUGUGCCCUCAACAGCAAGGAGCAGGGCCUGAGUACCUUUGAAUUUGGGGAAUGGUGCGAGUUCUCUCCCUAUGAAGUCGGUUUCCCCAAGUAUGGAGCCUUCAUUCCCUCUGAGCUCUUUGGCUCUGAGUUUUUCAUGGGGCGGCUGGUGAAGCAGCUCCCCGAGUCCCGCAUCUGCUUCCUGGAAGGUAUCUGGAGCAAUCUGUUUGCAGCCAGCCUCCAAGACAGCUUGUACUGGUCCUCUGAACCCAGCCAGUUCUGGGACCGCUGGGCCCAGGAUCAAGCCAACCUGGACAAAGAGCAAGUCCCCCAUCUGAAGAUAGAAGAACCGCCGACGACAGCUGGCAGGAUCGCCGAGCUCUUCACUGACCUCCUGACAAAGCGUCCCCUUGCCCAGGCCACCCACAACUUCAUGCGCGGCCUCCAUUUCCACAGGGACUAUUUCCACCACCCUCACUUCUGUACCUGGAAAGCUUCCAAACUGGACAGGCUCCCCAACCAGCUGACACCCGCUGAGCCCCACCUCUGCCUCCUGGAUGUUGGCUAUUUCAUCAACACUAGCUGCCCACCCCUCCUGCAGCCAACACGGGAUGUGGACCUCAUCUUGUCGCUGGACUACAACCUCUACGGAGCCUUUCAGCAGCUACAGCUUGUGAGCCGGUUCUGCCAGGAGCAGGGCAUCCCUUUCCCAUCCAUCUCACCAAGCCCUGAGGAGGAGCGCCGGCCUCAGGAGUGCCAUAUGUUCUGUGACCCAGCCCAGCCUGAAGCCCCAGCUGUGCUCCACUUCCCCCUGGUCAAUGACUCCUUCCAAGACUACUCAGCCCCUGGGGUGCCACGGACAUCGGAGGAGAAGGCAGCUGGGAAGGUGAAUCUGUCUUCUUCCGACUCCCCAUACCACUACACAAAAGUGACCUACAGCCAGGAAGACGUGGACAAGCUGUUACGUCUGACGCAUUACAACAUCUGCAACAGCCAGAAUCAGCUGCGGGAGGCCAUGCACCAGGCUGUGCAGCGGCGGAGAAAGCGCAAACAGUUUAGGCCGGAGUGACAGCUGAGGUACCCUGGCUGGGAUCCCACCUGGGUCACUCUUGAUCUUCAACUCCUUCCCCUUCUGCUCUGAGUUCAAGACCAGCAUCACCAAGUGCUCCACAGACUGGAGACUCUGAUGUCCAGGCACAGCUCCACAAGGAUGUGUGUCUGGGACCUCCAUGGGUGACACUAACCUGUCAGCAGCCCUGUCACAGAAUCUAGGCUGGAAACUGUAACAGGUGCUGUGGCCGUCAUUCAUGGAUGGACAUGGGCAGUGUUGGCUGCAUGACAGGACACUGUGACAUGAAACACUUUACAUGUUACAGGGACUCUUAUAAACGGGAGGCGCUUGUGAUGCUGUCCCAAGAUUA